AAAAUGAUUAUUUUGGAAUGAGAAUACAAUGUAAACAUUUAACCCACUAAAUGAAAUAAAACUAAAAAGAAAACAAAUAAAUAAAUAAAAAACAUCUACUACACUCAUCUCCCCCUCCGUCGUUUUCUGUCUCCGUUCAGCGAAACCCUUUUUCAAUCGCAGAGAUGCAAUCGACGAGCAAAGCUGAAGCCGAGCGGUUGCUGGGAAUCGCAGAGAAACUCUUACAAGGCAAAGAUCUAAACGGUUGUCGAGAUUUCGCUCUUCUAGCUCAAGAAACUGAACCCUUACUCGACGGUUCCGACCAGAUCUUGGCCGUUGUUGAUGUACUCAUCGCCGCCGACAAACGGAUCAACAACCAUCCUGACUGGUACGGCAUCCUUCAACUUGAGAGUCGCCGUAACGACGAUGAUCUCAUUAAAAGGCAGUAUCGCCGCCUUGCCCUCCUUCUGCACCCAGAUAAGAAUAAGUUUCCCUUCGCCGACACAGCGUUCAAGCUCGUAGCGGAUGCUUGGGCUUUGUUGUCGGAUUCUUCGAGGAAAUCGGCGUACGAUAACGAAUCGUUUGCGUUCUCGAAGGUGGAUCUUGUUUCGAUGAAGAAUCAGAGAGAGAAAGAGAACCAGAACCAGAACCAGAACAACCCGAUUCAGCGAGAAAAGAUUCCUGUGAGGCGUAAUCCAGCCGACGUUGGAGCGGCUGCGAAUCAAGCUGGGGCGACGGCGACGGUGACGUCGAAUCAAAAGGAAGCGAACAUUUGGACGGCGUGUCCGUACUGUUAUAAUUUAUACGAGUACCCUAAAAUUUACGACGGGUGCUGCCUGAGGUGCCAGAGUUGUAAGCGAGCGUUUCAGGCCGUUGCGAUACCACAGUCGUCAUUGCCGCCGAGCAUCCCAGGGAAGGAAGCGUACUACUGCUGUUGGGGGUAUUUUCCGAUGGGGUUUGCGAUGUCGAACUCCGACAAGGCAAAAACCCUUACCAUUCCGAAUUGGAUGCCGCCGAUGUUCCCGACGAACGCCAAAGCUUGGCCGUCGGCUGAUAGCUUGCCAAACGGCAGCACCGUGCCCCUGGCGGAACCUGGUGAGGCUUUUGUUGCGCCGGCGCCGGCUCCGACGCCUCCGCCUCCAGUUCCAGUUUCGGCUCCGGCACCGGCCCCUGCCCCUGCCCCGGCUCCCGUUCCCGUUCCCGUUCCGGUUCAAGUUCAACCUCCGAAACCGACUCUACAGAAACAGCCAACUCCAACUGCCGGAGCUACCGUCCCUAAAAAAAGAGGUAGGCCGAGGAAGAAUCCUCUGCCUUAGAAAUUUUUAGGAUUUCUCGCAUUCCAUAAACCAAAUCGAUGAAGACUCGUCUGCAUACUUUCUGAGUUUUUGUCCAAAUCAUGAAGCUUGACAUUUAUUCUGUUUGCUCUCAAAUUCAAGAACAAGUGGAAGGAAUUGUUACAGGUAAAUUCGGAAACAUUAGGGUUGUUAUGUAGUCUUUUGUUAUUGUUUAUUUUAUUUUAUUUUCAGGUUUGUUGAUGCUUUUUGUAGAGUUUUUCAUAGAACCCUAACUGCAUAUGUAGAUUUUAAAAUGUUAAAUUAUGAUGUAAUUUGCAGUAAAUUGAUUUCUCAUUUCUGCCUAA